AAGCGUUUUAAGAGACGGAAAAAUAUCUUUCUAUUCCAUUAUCGAUAUUAAUAGACUGAACCAAAGGGGUCUAAAAAAGCUUUCUUUUAUAAGAUAACAUUUUAGAUACAUUGUAACAUUACUGAAAUAAAUUUAAAGAAAUGUCCGAAACAAAAAUGAGCAGAAUAGAAACAAUAAAUUCUGUGCCAUUUGAAGAAUUUUUUAAUGCAGAAAUUCGAAUGUUGCGAUACAUGGGAUUGUCAUGGUUUAAUUCCGUAUUUUCAAAUGAUGAAAAUAGACGGGAAAAAUGGUGGGAAAAAAUUACCCCACUUUUUGGGAUUUUAAUACUGAGUUUGAUGCUCUAUUUUUUAACAGUUGCGCUCAUAAAUAUUAUAACUAUUGAUAUUACUCUUGCGCCUGAAAUGUUCACGGCAUUACUUUCAAGUUCACUUUGUUGCUUUAAGGCUAUAAGAUGCUGGACGCAUAGAAAAGAACUUUUUGAUUUUAUUAGACAACUCAAAGUUCUUUGGGAUACUGCUGCUUCGAAUAAAUUUAUAACAGAAAAUAUAUUUGAUAGUGUGGUCUACGCUAAAUCAUUAAGGAAUCAGUUAGCAGUUGGGUUAUUCUUAUUGGUCGUUACUUACGGGUUUUCACCAUACGUGAUACUCUGCAGUCAUUUUUUGUCUCAUAGAGAUGAAUAUUUUUUUAAUUUUUCUAUAAUUGUAUAUCCGAUAAGUUAUCCAUUUGAGGUAAAUACUUUCCCCCGAUACUUUAUAUGUCUUUUUUUCGAGCAAACAGUGAUACUAUUAUGCUACAUCUAUUGGCUUUGUGGAGAUGUUAUGUUCAUACAAUUAACAACCCACGUUGGCAUUCACAGUACGAUCUUAGUCAAUAGACUGCAUAAUCUCGAUAGAGUUGCAAUCAGUGAUCCUAAAAAUAAAAAUAUAUAUCAUGAAUUAUCAGACAUUGUAGCGAGUCAUUACCAACAGUUCAUAUAUUGCCAUUGGCUUCGAAAAUUUUUCAGUCCGAUUGUACUUUUCGUAACUUUAAUUAACGGAGCUAAUCUUUGUUUCUCUCUGUUUCGAGUAGACGAAGAAAUUAAUGAUCGUAAUUGGAGCGGUCUUAUAGUGAAUGUAGUGCAUUUACUCGCUGUUUUUGGCCAAACAAUUUUGUACUGUAUGCAUGCUGAGAUUCUAAGCGCAAAACUUGAAGAAAUUAAUUAUGCUGCUUAUUUUUGUGAUUGGACUAAUUCAGAUGAAAAAUUUAGAGCAAUGGUACUGAUGAUUAUGAAACGAGCUCAAAAAGAGUUUAAAUUUACAGUUUAUGGAAUAAUAACGUUUAAUCUUAAUCAGUUUACAAAGAUUGUAAACGCAGCUAUGAGUUACUUUACACUAUUGAGAAGUUUUGGAUAACUUAUAAUUUUGAAAAAAUUAUUACUAAACAUAAAUAAAUAAUUAGUUAUAUGACAAGGAUAAACAACUUGUACAAUCAUGUGUAUUAAUAUUCAGUUUUU